UUAAAGAUAAGAUGUAUUUAAUUCGAUAUUUUAACCAAAAAUCACCUGUGGCAUACUCUCACUUUGUUUCAAAGUCUAAGGAGAUUGAUAUUUUUGAACGCGCAGCCGUCCAACGUUAUUUAGUAUGACCGAUUUAAAGCUAUUAAAUGACGAGCAGAAGGCCAAGCUUAACAAGUUUAGGAAUAUUGUGAAGGAAUUAAAAUUAAAAGACUCUAGUGAUGAAUAUCUUCACAAAUGGCUGAUUGUACAGGAUUUUAACGUAGCACGUGCUGAAGACAUGUUGAGACAGUCUUUAGAAUGGCGGAGAGUCAAUGGAGCGGAUGAUAUCCUCGACACCUACACACCUAUUGAAGUCCUGAGAAAUUAUUUUUCACUUGGACAAGUUGGAAUCGACAAAUUCGAUUGCCCUGUCUUUGCGUGUGCUUUCGGGAGAAUCGACAUAAAAGGUCUUCGAUUAUGUUUGACGAACAAGGAAUAUAACAAUUUUGUGACGUGGCUGUUCGAAACAAUUGCUUUGGCUAUUAAAAAACAAAUUGAAAGAACAGGCAAACGAACAAUUCAAAUGAUAUUCAUAUUCGAUUUUGAACACUUUUCCAUGAAACAAUUAGCGAGCAAACUAGCUGUUGAGACCAUACUGGACAUAGUUAAACGACUUUUGGCCAAUUACCCGAACAUUUUCCGUCGGGUAUUUAUCAUCAACGCACCCAGGAUUUUCCCCAUGCUCUUCGCCAUGGUCAAGCCUUUAAUACCAGCCAGUGAUUUCCCCAAAAUCAAGAUAUUCUCUGCUGACAAAAAUGAAUGGCUGUCCGCUCUGCUAGAAGAAAUUGACGCAGAUCAAUUUCCUUCCUUUUACGGUGGGACGUUGACUGAUCCUGAUGGCAACCCGAAAUGUCCCAGCAAGUUUAACAUGGGCGGAGAGGUGCCCCAUAUUUAUUACCUGAGUAAUAACGGACCCGUUGCCAAGGACUAUAUGGAGACGUUGAACGUCAUGGCUGGCGUUGGAGGAAAAAAGAAAUUGAAAUUUAAUGCCGACGUUCCUGAAUCUAUUAUGAGAUGGCAGUUUAUGACGGAAGGCGGUGAUACUUCGUUCCGAAUUUAUAGCAAAGAUUCGAAAAGUAAUGAAGAUUUGGUUCCACUUGUUCGGGUGGACAGUCACUUGGCGAUGGAAGAAGGUCAAGUGACUUGUGAUCAACCAGGAAAAUACGUCUUCGAAUUCGACAAUAGUUUUAGCUACUUGAGAUCAAAGAAGGUCCGCUAUCACAUCACUGUUCAUUCGCCAUCGGAGAAAGUGUAACGAGUGAAACGUUUGUGUUGCCACUGAAUUGGUUGCGCGGCCAAAAUAGAUUCAAUGUCCACUGAAUUGCCUAAAUGAAGUGGAACCAGUUUUUUUCAAGGCUAA